CCUCUGCAUAUUGCUUAAUCCCAACUUGGAAAAUUUUGAUAAUUCUUGCAUUUCAGUACAUAUAUGUUCGAGGUUUGACCUUUACGAUUCAUUUGUUUUUUCCUCUUCUAUUUGGAAUUUGAGUUUGUUCCAUUCUUUCACCUUGGUCCCUCUCGCUAAUGCUUUUGCUUCCAAUAUUCCUUCAGACUUGCAGGUUGGGAUGGAUGAAUUGUUGCAGAACCAUUUAUUUGCAACUCAUGCAAUUGCUGCUUCAGGUUCUGUGGUCUUUGGCACUGCUGUUACUUAUCCUCUUGAUACCAUAAAAUCCCUUAUCCAGGUUGGUUCAGCUUCUGGGAAACAAAUAAAUGCCUCUCAGGUUAUAAAACGAGUUCGAGCUUUGUCAGGGUAUUCAGGUUUGUAUAGUGGCUUUGAGUGGUUGGCCUGGGGGAGAAUUUUUGGUAUGGCAGCUCGCUUUGGAACAUAUGAAGUUUUGACAGCUUUCUAUAAAGAUGGUCGAGAAGACAAUUUUGUGUAUGUCUCAGAGGCCCUUAUGGCAGGGUUGGCAGCUGGGGCCGUGGAGUCGCUAACAAGCUCACCAUUUGAACUUAUUAAACUCCGUGCACAGGUUACCUGUGCCUCUCGCAUUUCAAGAGCAACACCAGUAACAGAGAAUAAAGCUGUUAUGCCAGCAAUUUCCAGAUUAUUACGUGGAUAUACUCCAGAUAUGAAGGCAUUGAACAAUGCUGUAGGUAUGCUGUCCAUCUUAAACAAGAAGCACCCUAAUAUAGUUGGUGCCUUACAAGAGUACCCUUGGAUGAUGAGUGGGUCUGGGAGGCCACCAUCGGUUUACGAUGUCCGGAGACCAUCUGAAAUAAUUUCUUUGGAAGGAGGGGGUGCAUUGUGGAGAGGCCUUCGUUCAGGAGUUGCUCGAGACUCUGUAUUUGGUGGCAUAUUCUUCUCUACUUGGGAAUGUUUGCACCAAAUUAUGCUUAAUUGGAAGGCGGCUGGGAUGGAUCCGCCACCCAGGUAUGAUGAAGAAAUCGGUCCACUAUCCCCUUUAGCUGUUAGUCUUGCGGCAGGGUUUUCAGGUUCUGUUGCUGCCGCCGCAUCUCACGGUUUUGAUACAGCCAAAAGUCGAUCACAAUGUACAGUGUUGCCCAAGUUCAUUUCAAUGGAAAGAAAGCUUCUUAAGUGGAAAACACCGGGGAAAAGAUUCGAGAAACUCACCGGUAUCCACCCUGCAGACAGAAAUCUCUUGUUCCAUGGCAUUUGGUUACGGAUGGGUCGUAGCGGGAUUGCAUCGUUCGCAAUCGUGGGAAGUUAUUACUUUUCCAUUACUUACCUUGUUCCGGGUAAUUGAUUCUCAAGAGCUUUGGCAUCAGUAAAUUGUGGUUUGCAGAUAGUUUCUCAAACCUAUGUUACCCAAACUCUUUUUGUUUUCUCUAAGGACCCGUGUUCGACAAGUCUGAUACAGUAUGUUCAAUCUUUUCGUUUUUCUUUUUUUACCCAUGUAUUUGAUCGAUCAUGUCCGUAUGUAAUCCGAAUACAUGCGUUAAGUACAGAUACUUCAAGAAAAAUGAAGAGUUCGAUAUGAUAAAGAGAUGAACGGCACAGAAGCUAAUAGCUAUGUGUAACAAAAGCUGGCUUUUAUAUUUCA